UAAAAAUUAAAAAAAAAAAAAACAACAACAAAAAUAACAACGAUAACACAAAGAAGUAAGAGAAAAUACUUUACAAAAAUGCUGUGCAUGAACUUCAAAUUGAACAGAACCUGGAAAAUUGGUUUCAGUUGGCGAUUACGCGCAGUUGCAUUUAUAAUUGCGCUAUUGCAGUGGACAACAACACGUACCAGUGGUGGCGGCGGCGGCUAUACAUUAGUGACAGCAACGGCGUCAAUAAAAUCUCCUGGCGAAAUGGACCCUAAAUCACUGUCGUUAUUGACUGGAGAAAAUGCAACCAUUAGGUGCACACUUUCAGAGGCGAACAGUUCUCGUAUAUGGUUUUAUGAGGAGAGAUCGAAACGACGUAUACAACAGCCUAGCGAUGACAUACAGAUUUUGGAUCCAUUCACAGCAGUGCUAACGAUACGUAAUGCUGAAGAACAAAAAGGUCGAUAUCAAUGCAAAAUUGAUGCGCAAGCCAUUGGGGUUUCAGAAGUUUAUGUCGGUACUAAACCAACAAAUGUUACAGAUUUUAAGUGCAAAGUUUAUGAUUAUGAAUAUAUGGAAUGCAGCUUUACCAGACCCAAAAAUAUGCUAUUAACUCAGUAUGAAUUACAGUAUGGAAUAAGUGACGAUAAAGAGAGGAAAAUACCUAACGAGGAUAGGUGUCAGGUAGAGGAAAGAUAUCGUGUUUGCUUGCUACAGGAUGGUGACGAUAAUAAAUUUUAUUGUAAUAUAAGUGAUUGUUAUUUCCCAGUAAGAAAUCUAUAUGUAUUCAAAUUAACUGCUCGCAACGAUAAGGGCAAAAAUGAACAAUGCUUCAGAAUUCAUAAUCAUAAUAUUGUUGUACCUGCUGCCAUUGAUUUCAAUAUUAAUAACAUCACCAGUGACAGUGUUACAUUGAAAUGGUAUAAACAUAAUGUCGCUUAUUAUCCAAGGAAUUUGACAUAUCAUAUAAGUGUGCGCGACAAUCGCACUAACAAUUAUAAAAAUGAAUAUGUAAAUUGUAAUCGGAGCGCAAUUAUGAAAAAUUUGAAAGCUUAUUGGCCGUACAUUAUAAAAAUACGAGCCAAAUCAAAUGCAGUCGAUGAUAAUGAUGAUGACAGUAUGUGGAGUGAAGCGACUGAAAAACAUUUUAUUACAUUGCAACGUAAACCGGAUAGGUCGCCGAAAUUGCCAUUGGGCAGUUUUUACAUAUACAAUACCGAGACGCAAUUGCGUUUAUAUUGGGAACAAUUGGAGGAGAGCGAACACAAUGGACCUGAAUUUCAUUAUAUUAUCAACGAGAUUGAUGAAAACGAUAUCAUUAUCAAUACAAUUCGAACAAAUGAUAGUACAAUUGCAUUUCCUUGGAAGAAUACUCAUGCACGUAAAUUUCAUAUAAAAUCGGCGAAUAUUUUGGGUGAAAGUGAGGCGAGCAAUAGCUUAUUGGUUUAUCCUAACGGAAAUUCAAAUUAUCUCGAACGACAAUACGUAUUGAGUGAGAAUUCAAUAGCGAAAAUUUAUCAUAACAGUAGUUAUACUUUAUCGUGGUCACCACCGCAAAAUAUUAAAGACUUACUUAACUACACUGUCUUCUGGUGCUUACCAAAGAUCGAAUUACCGAAUCAGUGUAAGGGUCCAAUACACUUUAGGUAUAUAAAUAAAAAUGAAAGCAACUUUACCACCGAACCGAAAGAUCGUAGCUUAAAUUUAGCAAUUUCGGCAAAUUAUCCGCAUUUCAAUAAAGGCAUGCAAUGGGCGCAAUGCUCUGGUGACGUUUCCAGCGAACUAAUGAAAAUGGAAAUUGAGGUCAGUGCUAUCAACGAUAGUGCCAUACUAGUCAAAUGGAAUUCGGGCAGUGUCUGCGCGUCAAUAUUGAAAGGCUAUAAUUUAAGUUAUUGGCUGCCAAAGGAGCAAGAUGCAAAAUAUAAUAAUAACGCAACCAUCGAAUUGUUAAGAGAAAAUCAAGAGCAUCGUAAUUAUACUAUCACCAAUUUGAAGCCAUUCACCGAAGUAUGCUUAAGCAUGUUUAUGUAUUCGCCAACAAAACGGGGACGCAGCAGCGAUACUAAAUGUAUUAAAACGAAACAGGCAGCUCCGUCGGCACCGCGUAAUUUAAAUUUAAUAACCGCUAGUGUGACAAGUAAAUCUGCUCGAAUUAGAUGGGAACCGCCAGCCAUUCGAAAUGGUGAACUAACUAUUUACACGAUAUAUUGGCGCAAAAUUGCUUAUGAUGCUUUUGACAAGAAUACAACAUCAAUCAACGAAACCUCUUACACUCUAACCAGUCUUAAUAGCUAUUCUAAUUAUGAAGUUUAUGUGACGGCUCAUACUGUCGAAGAAUCGAAACCCAGCAAUCGUAUUAAUAUUUCGACUUUAAUAGGAAUCCCAUCGAAUCCUCGCAACGUUAAUAUAACCGAAAAUGAUGGUUUAAUUACAUGGGAUCCGCCUAUGUUGCCCUCGGGACGUUUAGAAUUUUAUGUAGUUGCUUUAAUACGAUCCGCGAACGAUAGCAGUGAAAUUAUCGAAUCGAUAUCGUUGAUGAGGGAACGCAGUUGUCGUUUUCGUAUACCGGAAUGCUAUAGCGCAUACUAUUCGUAUAGUUUGAAAGUGAGAGCCGUAAAUACAGCCGCCGACAAGGAAUAUGAUCAUGAAAUUGAACCAAUGUCAAGAAAUUUGACAUUAGACGGUGGGCAAAUUAAAAAAAAUUUCUGUAUACCCGAUCAGCAAGAAAAUGAUGAACUCUAUGAUAAAUUUUGGCGUAGCGACAAUACAAAAUGUUAUUUUGCCUCACCAUGGACGUAUUCGCCGCGUGUAUACAAAUGCACAAGUACACCAAUAUUUGCUUAUAUUGUCGCUAUAAUUAUGUUGGGUUUCUUAUUGGGCUUAAUUUCUUAUUGGCUACGCAGCAAAUAUCGUGAAAUGAAAGAUAUUGAAGUAAUUUUACCCGAGGCUCUUGUCGAUCAAGUUUCCAAAUAUAAAUUCGGUAAUAAUUCGUUAAGUCAAAGUAACGGUACAGAUGUGUCAGCAGCUUGCAAAAAGGAAAUACAUACACAAAUAUCACGUAACAGCGAUUGCUUAGUCAAUUAUAAAGAGAAGGAAAAUCAUCAUUUGUUGCCGAAUAUGUUUAGCGGUUCGAUAAAUGUUUUACCAUCAUUGUCGUCGGCGAAUAGCGGAGGAAAGGAAGAGAUUGAAAACAAUGAAGGACUGAUAGACGAACAUCAAUCUUAUGAAACAACAAACGAAGAGUUAAGCUCGAAUUCGAGCUCUAUCUCAAGAGCCGAUUGUUCAUAUAAUGAUCGUUCGAUUGUUCAUCGAACUAUUGAAAAUACCAAUAAAAUGUUCGGCGUACAGAAAUUAAGUCAAGAUGCAACAGACGAUGAGGCAGAGAAUUUUAAUCAAAUGGUUACAAUUGAUUUGGAAGUACCUCGGGUAUUACCAAUGAAUACCGGAGGUUAUGUAACACCGAACACUUUAUUAUUGGCCUCCAAUUUAAACACAACCGAACGGCCGGCAGUAAUAUCUAUGCAAACAAUUGCUAUGCCUAACAACAUGACAAACGGUUAUAUACAAGCCAGUACCGUUAAACAAUUGUUUACACCCACGAUUAUGCAAGAACAGCAACAGCAACAGCAACAGCAAGAACAACAGCAACAACACUUGUCCCAGCAAAUUUCUGACGGUUAUACAACGGUAGGCGAUUUAGAGAAAACGCUUAGACGUUCUAGUCUGAUAAGCACACCCUCAUCGUUGACGUCACCUAAAUUGCCUAUGAAUGCCACGAUAACCGCAGCGUCACAAAUUAUUACAGAUGCCGAUGAUGUAACACCAUCAAUAGCAGAAACAACGUCAACAGAAGCGCCAGUAACGACAAGAGCGAAUCCUACGCUAAGCCAUCCCAAUCGUAUCAGUUACGGUGAUAAUAUAAGCAACCAUAACAACACCAAUAUAUAUGGUUAUGUAACCCAACGUCAACUUGCGAAUUUUGGCACAAAUGUCGCUUUAGGAAAAGAAGUGAAUACUACGUAAAUUAUGUAAGUACAUGCAUUAUAAUUGUCUGAAUACCGAUAUAUAUAUAAUAUGUACUUAAAUAUUGUCUCUGUCGUUGUCAUUGUUGUCUGAUAUCAAUAAGAAAUUUGUAUAAAAUAUGCUUUCUUUAAAAAUUCUUAAACAGUGAUAGUAGAUGUUUUCGUUACGUAAUUGGUUUAGAUAGAUUGUUUUGUUUUUUAAGUUACGACGAAAACAUUUUCAUAUAAAUUUAACUGCUGUGCAGAUCACAUUUUUUAUG